CUCCCUCUUCUUCCGUGCCCACCACCGUUGCGUUGUCGCCAAACCUCAACCUCAACCUUCACUGAAGCUUUUCUCUCUCUUCCAUUACCUACCUUUUCAUCAUAGUAUUGGAACUGCUCUCACCUAGCCACUCGGCCACUCAACCACCGUGUGUGUCUAAUAAUUGCAACAACUGAACUGCUAGGUGCUGCGUGCCGGCUCCGGAACCUCGUCCUCCACCUCUUUUUUUGGGCCGCUUCUCUCACGACGACGACACGACACGACCACGACCACAACGAACAGCAGCUUUGUUUCUGACCCUAGCUCACGCGCUCUCGGUCGCCCUCGACUUCUCUCACUGACAUUCUGUUAUUUGUGGGCUCCACGAGCGCCGAAUUGAUCUUGGUCAACGUACACUGAGGGGAUUUGUUUGGCGACAUCUUGAUCAAAGGCCUAACCGCUGUCGCCCCAGCGACACCGCCGCUUUGAACGCGCGCCGAAGCUUGCCAUCGCCAUCAAAGCCGUAGGUAUAUGGGAAUCCGCCACGGUCAACAUCCCAACACGCCGACGCUUGGCUCCGCAGCUGCCUCACCCUCUCGCCCCGGUGCGCUGCAGAAAAGGAUAGCAAGGAGUUGAUUCCACUACUCAACUGCGGCCAUGGCCGCCAACAUACCGCCACAGAUGGUUCCCAACCAUAUGAUGCUGCUUCAGCAGCAGCAACAGCAGCAGCAGCGAGCCAAAUCCCAACAGCAGCAGCAGCAAAUCAACCAACUUGUUAUGACCUAUGUUGUCAAUACGCAGCCUGAGGCCGCUCCAAACACAUGGCAGAGUGCCAUGUCUCAUAACGAGCGAUAUGGAAAGACUCUGAACCUCGUCACAAACGUAAUACUUGCCAUGUCGACCGGCAAUUUCACUGCUGUCUUUCAACACGCAACCGACUUCGAGAAAAAGGUUUGGCUGAGUUCUGAAAAUAAGGCCAUGUACGACAGGGCCUUGCAAGGUAAAAUCGACGAGAUGGUCGCACGCAGACAGGGCAACACGCAACAGCUUCAGAACCAGCUGCAGCAGCAGCAGCAGCAGCAGCAACAACAGCAGCAUCAUCAGCAGCAGCAGCAACGUCAGCAGCAGCAUCAGCAGCAACAGAUGCUCAUGAACCAGAUGGCUGCUGCUCGAAUGGGGCCGACCGGCCAGCCUGGAUUUCCAGGCAUGCAAAACCCGAUGCAAGUUCCUCAAGGAACCCCACAAGCCCAGCUUGGUAUGGGCUUGGCUGGGAACCCUCAGAACAGGCCCGGGCAACCACCGUUCGGAAUGCAGAUGGGACAGCCUGCACGUCCUAUGGGUCCCAUGGGCCAACUGCAGCCUAAUGAGAUCAAUGCCGUCAACGAGGUCGCGCAGAGGCUGAUGAGCCAAGUUCCCGAACCCCAGAAAGCCCAAAUGCGCCAGAAAAUCAUGGAGAACCUGGGCCCGCGUGCUGCUCAGUUCCACGGGGAUGUACUCGUGUGGCAUUUUCAGCAAGAGGCCCUGCGGCAAAUGACUGCGAGCCGGCAGAGGCAAGCUCAAGCUCUUGGACAGCAACGAAUGGCCAACGGAAUGCCGCAGGGCCAACCAGGACAGAUGAACCCGAACCAACUCAUGAUCAAUCCACUAGCACAGCAGCCAGUCAUGCCGAAUGGCCCGAUGCUCGGCGCCAACAUCGAAACUAUACGGAACGAGCGUCAACAAGCUCUGCUCGCCCAGCAGCAGGGACAGAUGGUUGUCCCGGCGAGCAACGGCCAGGCCAGAACUGUUACGCCAGGCCCGAUGAACGGGAUGCCGGGCGCUCAACCGAGCGUGAACCAAGCUUCUCGACCAAUGCCGGCGGGACAGAAUUUUGGCGUUCAGCAGCCUGGUGUUGCCCGAGGACCGAUGAUGGGACACCCGAUGCAAGGACAACCGGGCGGUCUCGCCGGGCCCCCUACCACGUCUCAGAGUCCAGCCAUGAACACGUUGAACGCGCCGAUGCAGCAGCCGCCCGUUCCGAUGGGGCAUGUGGGGAGACAACCGCCCGUUAACCCAGGUAACCCGGCCAUGGGCAGCUUGAACCCGCAAUUCAGCCAUCAGAACAACACACGACCGCCCUCGGCGAUGCCAGGUGUCAUGAACGGCGCGGCGCUGGCCGGAGGUCGAGGAAUACCCGAAGGAGCAAUGGGCAACUGGAAUCAACAGCAACGGGCGGCCAUGAUGAGUGGUUUGUCGAUGGGCACACCUGGCCAGAUGCCCGGGGCACCGGAACAACUCCGAGCCGGCCAGAUGAACAUGGCGAAUCAGGGACCGGGACCGAACGGGCCACCAAACCCAGCAGUGCAGGCCAAGAUGUUGGAAUACUUGCAAACCCCACACGGCAAGACGGCCAUUGACAACAUGGACAUAGCGCCUGGUGUUUUCGGCAUGCUUGCGAACAACGGAACGCAUGUGGGGCCAAACAUUAAGAAAUGGUUUCAGCUCAAGGCCCUGGCAGUCAACAACCCGGCGCAACUGAACAUGUUGCAGGCCGUCCAGCACAGGCAGUUCACAGUAAUGUGGAACCAACAACAGAAGAGGCAGCAAGCAAACCAACCCCAAGGCAACCCCGGCGCUCCUUUCCAGCCGCCCCAGCUGCCCCCCGGCGAGGAAUACCCCCCGCACGUCGCCCAGCUGACCCCGCAAGAGGUCCAGGCAUUCAUGAGCAGGAGUGCCAAUCAUGCGAACCAGAACCCGGCCAUGGUCUCGGAGAUACUUAGAAGAUUGAAGUACACCGACUACGCCAAGAAGAUCUGGGAGAAGCACAACAAGCAGCAGCAGCAGCAGCAGCAGCAGCAGGGAAUCAACAAUGCCAAUGCUGGCGGCCAAAAGGCUCCGUCACAGAUAGUACCCCCAACACCCACCACACAACCAGGUGCCCCUCCGAUGGCUCAGCCGAACAUGCCGCCAAAGCCCUCGAGCACCCCGGUGGCUCCUCCAGCAUCCACGCCGGCCAGACAGACGCCCAAGAUUCCUCAACAACCGCAACCUCAACAGCAGUCACAGCCGGCGCCGCAGUCACAGCAACAGCCGGGGCAACAUGGACCGAACCCUUCCCCCGUGCCCGCCCCCAGGCACAACCUCAAGCGAAAGCCGGACGAUUCCGAAGGUGCGGCCCAAGCGAACAAUGCCGCUCAACGACCAGCGCCGGGACCUGGAGCUCAGACCAAUAUCCGUGCACCCCCACCGUUCAAGCCGCUUCCUGAGGAACAGGUUGUGGCCCUGGGGUCGCAGGAAAGGGCCGAGUAUGAUGCCACCUUGCGACUUCAUCAGCGCAUCACGGCCAUCACCACGGAAGAACAGCUAUUAGCCCAAGGGCAGAACGAGGUGCCGGUGCCCAUGGACGCAGAACUAUUGGGGAAAACCCGCAGGACGCUCCUGGGAGCAUUGAGCACCAUGAGAGGUGUAAGCGCGUGGUCGCAGGCAUGGUUCUUCAAGACCAAGGACGAGGAACGUCUGAGGAUUUUCCUUCGAGCACGGCACAAACUUUACAGGCAGCUCGUUCCAAACAAGGACGCAUCACAGCCGUCAACCAUCUUGCGGCCCGUCCUCACCAUUUCGCCCCAGGAACUCGACCAGAUACAGCAGAUGCUGAAGAACAUGGCCACUGACAUCAAGACCUAUUGCGUACCUUCGCUUGGUCUGCAAAAUAGCUGGAGUCAGGCGAACGGCGGGACGCCAACCCAGCGGCCCGCGCAAGCACCCACGCCUCUGAGCCAAGCCAAUCUGGAGAAGCAGACACAGGCGUUGAAGCAGGCGCAGAACCGCACGGCCGCGAAGAACGUUGCCGCCCCGGCCGCUCCGACGACCACGCAGCCGCCUUUCUCGUUUGGGGCUCACAAGUCGCCGGCCGGCAAUCCGGAAUACCUGAGCGAGCCGCUUCUCACACGAGACGGGCUCCAGGCACCACCUGCCAGGAAGAAGCCCAAGACGGGAGCAAACCACAGCUCGCCGCCGGCCAUUCAGCCGGGCACUGGCUCCCUGUCGCCCAACGUCAAGGCGCCCUCUCCCGUUGUCAGCCGGAAGCAGGAGCCGGCCAAGACGGCACCCAAAUUCAUGUGUCCCGAACCCGGUUGCGAGCAAAUGUCUGUGGGUUUCGAGAGCGAGGAAGCGCUUGGCAUGCACAAGCAGGACGAGCACAUCCGGCCAUUCCAAGAUCCUGUCGCCUUCAUGCGGGAGAACAUGGCUGCGGCACUGAAGCUUGACGAACAGGGCAGGCCCGUCUCGGCGCCGGCCAUGGGUGGCAGUCUUUCCAAGCAAGGCCAGACACCCAUGAGCAAGCCUGAUCUGGCGGCGACGCCCAUGUCUCGCGACGCGUCGAUGAGACGACAGGGCAGUGCCGCGGGAGGACGGGAGAGCACGGCGACACCACGGAUGGCGGCGAGCACACCCAUGGCGCCGGUGGACGAGAUGUGGGCGGGCACGACGAUCGACCCGCAGAAUCUGUUUGCCGGGCUGGGGCCCACGAUAGACGCGACCACGGGCAACAUGAUGCACGAAUUUGGGACGUACCGAUCGAUCACGCCCAACGACACGCCCGAGUCGACGGCCAGCAAGGACAGCGGGGUUUCGGAGCCGAACAGCGACAUCCUCGAGGGCACCGGGCUGGAUAUCAACUUGACGUUCCAGAACUUCAACGAGGAUGUGCUGAUGGACAUGAACAGGAUCAACAUGGAUUCGCUGGAUAGUUUGGUGGACAGCGACCUGUACGGCCCGGGUGGUGGUUUUGGCGGCGGGCAGGAGGCGUACCAGUUCACCUUUGAAGACAUGACGAUGGGGAACGACUUUAGCAAGCCGUUUCAGUUUGACAACAGCGGGUACAUGAUGGAUGCAUCGGUUUAGGUUCUGGAUACCUAGGUGAUGAUGAUGAUGAUGAAGCGGAGUGGCAGUUUUAUAUAUAUAAUGUGCAUGGGUACAUGGUAUAUGGGAAAAGCUAGCAGGGUUGGUCUGGGCAUUCACGAGAAGGGUAGUCUAAUACCUCUUUUCUAUUGGUUUUAUUUUUUUCCUUGUCUCUCUUUCUCUCAGCGUCUCUUUAUAUGAGUGUUGCUGCGGUUUUGUUUUCGGGGCAGGGAGGGAGUUUGGUAAUUGUGCGGAUUGGGCUAUACGGAAGCAUUCUAUAUUUCUUAUUUUUUUUCUCUGUCUCGCGGGUCGAAUGGACGGUUUCUCAGGUCAGGCAGAUAGGGUGAUACCCCCCGUGAACUUGCUUUCUUUUUUUCUUUUUUUCUUUUUUUUCCAGUUUGUCUCUUGUUUUUUUCUUGUUUUUUUUGCAUCGAGGUUGAAGAAAGAUGGAUGGAUGGAUGGAUGUAUUUUGGGUGGAUUUAUUGGAUGUAUACGAAUUGUAUAUUAUACUAGUAAAAGGGGGGUUUUUGGGGGACAUUGAAUGAGAGAUCAAAAGUAUCACACCAUA